AUGCCUCUGAACGCCGGGGACCCCGGGUACGGCAGCGUGUCAGCUCCCGGGCUGUCUAGCAGUGUGGGCGGCUCAGAGUCAGCCCCGCUGCUCAUCCCCGAACCAGAUGUGGUGCAGCAGUGGCGGCCCAUGAGCAAGCAGGAGCUGGAGAUCGCAGCGGGGGGUCCGGGCUGGAGAAAGGUGCGGUGUUACCUGGUGGUGCUCUUCUGGCUAGCCUGGUUUGCCAUUCUCGCCACCUCCAUUGCCAUCAUAGUGAAGAGCCCCCGGCCGGUGGCAAAACCUCUCAAGUGGUGGCAGAAGUCCCUCUUCUACCAGCUGCAGCCCGACAUGUUUCUUGAGGAGAAGAAAGAAGGGUCAGGGGGCAUUAACGUGCUGUGUGAGCAGCUUCCCUAUCUGAGGUCCUUAGGAAUAGGGGCUCUAAUCCUGGAGGGCUUGUUUGAUAAGGAGACAUCUCCUUUAAACAUCACUGUAACUGGUAAAAGCUUGGGAACAUUGCCAGAGAUCGAGCAUCUGCUUAGGGAAUGCAGCAAAGCAGGUGUCAAAGUGGUGUUGGACUUCUGUGAACUGGAAGAAGUAGCAGAUGAGCCAUCAAAACCCUCAGAAACAGUACAGCGUGCACUUCGGUUCUGGUUGGAGCAGGGUGUAGCAGGUUUUUCAAUCUGUGACACCGAUGCAGCAUAUUCUGAAAAGACUCUGUCAAUGUGGAGAGGUGUUUUCAAGGAGUUCAGCAGCGAGGAGGAGGAAAGGAUUGUGGUUGUAAAACAGACGAGAGAUGUUCUGCCUCCUCUAAACAACUCCAGCCAGGUCAACGUUACGUUGGUGGACUUCGUCAUUAGGUCAAUACUGCCAACAUCACCUCAACUCCUGUCUGCACAGGAAGUGGCAGAUGCAAUAGAGACACGCCUGCAAAUACCAGGAGAUAUAUGGCCCAGUUGGACAGUUGGGGGAAAAGCAUCUUAUGACUUGAAGAGAUUACUUCUGGUGUUAAUAAUGACCUUGCCAGGGUCACCUGCAGUUCAGUAUGAUGAGGACCUGAACCAAACACAGGACAAGGAAGAGAUGAAGCGUUCGACUGUAGCACUCUUCAACUCCCUCAGUCACUCCAGAGCCAGAGAAGAAGCUCUUCUUUAUGGGAACUUCACUUUCCUCCCCUUCAACUCCACUUCCAACUCCACUUCCAACUCCACUCUCUCCUCUCCUACAUCGCCCCCAAUCCUCGCCUUUCUGCGCUCCUGGGGCUGUGUCCACUUCCUCAUCCUGCUCAAUGUUGGGCCUGAGCUUCAUGCCCUGGAUCCCGCCUGGGCCCCCAGCUUACCCACGGCUGGAGUGUUUGUGACCAGCACAGGAAUGGACCGGCUUGGGGCUACAUCUCUGUACACGCUUGAACUGCAGCCCCAUGAAGCCAUCGUCAUUAAACUGUUUGAGGCAGGAAGCUACUCAUAG